AAGCAGGUGCGAGAGCAGUGAAGAAGGAGGAAGUAAAUAUGUCGGAAUGUCUGGUUUCUUCCUUGUGUCGAGCCUCGUUCAGAGGUGGUAAAUGUGCUGAUCUCUGAGCUCCACGAUGACAGCAGGAUAACGAGGCUCUGCUCUGCCGUCAGUGAAGAUGUCCGCUCCACAGGCCGGGUUAAGGCUUCACCCUGGGAUUAUUGCGUCGGUGGUCUUCGUCUGCGUGGUGGCGGCGGCGGCCGCCGUAUUGAUCAUACGGAAAUACUGCUUCCCAGUCAAUGAGGCCACGUACAGAUACUCGGUGCUGAGGCAGAUGGAGGACCAGCAUUCCGGGGUGACGGAGGAGGACGGCGACAGAGGGCCCUGCACAGUCGGAGAGGAAUCAGACGAGGAGCUUCUGGAGUAAAUCUGCAGCCGGGCUUUAGGUGGAUUCACUGAGAAGGAGGUUAUAGAGUGGGUUUUCUAUAUUCGUUAUUUAUUUAUGAACUGAUUACAAACAUAUAUUAAACUUUAAUGGCAACGUUUAGAUGCAGAACAAGCAAAUGGAGCCAGUUGUUACAUCUCAGAGGCUGGAACCACCAUAUUGCAGUUGCUUUCCAUCUAUUUUUUUUCCCCCUGAGAUAAACUGAUCUCGUGGCUGUUAAAUAUUUUUUCUGAGGAUCAAUUGAUCGACUGGUUUCAUCUGGGUCAUAUUGGAUUCACACUUCCUGAGAACUGUUGUCGAUGUGCUAUUUCUUGGUGUUCUUAUUUUGUCCGUCACCAAGUCAGAUGAAGCUGAUAAGUUUUUAAAAAUCAGUGUCCAUGCUUCUAAAGUGACCUUCAGCUAUUGAUAAGCAUCUAUUUCUGUUCCAGUUCUCACCUCUCAGGGGACGCCCAUGAAUCCCCCUGAUCCUUUGCUUGAUGGAGGCUGCAGGCUAAAGUGAGAGCAGGAAAAAAAAAUAAAAACCCAAAACAACCUCGAGUGUUUAUCUGAGCAUAAAACUUAUCUAUAUUUGUUAGAAUUUAUAUUCCUUCUAACCAGGCUUUGUUGCAUUAUCUAGUGCUAAAUAUAGACUGAUGUGCUCGGUAUAAAGAAGGAAUAAUUUGAUCAGCAGUGAUACCUGAUGUCGGUCUUCCAACAUGCUGCUACAGUUGUGGUUAUUUUAGAAGAGGAGCCUGAUUGCAGAUUUUAAUGAGGAUUAAGACGCAACUAUUCGGAUUUGUUAUUUUUUACUUGAUCUUCAUAUGAAAAAAAAAAAAAAAAGCCAGGCUAAUUAACUUGGAGAAGUAAACUCUAGUUGAGUCUUUUCACAAUACGUACCUUAAAAUAAAAAACAAAAGCCCCAAAUUUCAAGAAUAUUCAUUUUGUGCAAUAACUGUUUUCAAUAGGCAGAGUGAUGCUGAUGAACAAUGCUUUUUGUCUCAACCUAAGUGCGUUUAAGUCUGAUGCAGAGCGCGUCAAUAUAAGACAUUAUCCAGGGAAUAAACCCUCUUUUCACAGCCGCUGCAUUAAGACUUGACAUUUCAGAUAUUUUAGGCCUCUAAUUCAGCGACAGCUAAUAAUAGUCAUUACAGGACUGCAGAUAUUUACCAAUUGGCCCAUUCCUUUUUGAAAAUAUUCCCUUGUUUGGGCCAACGCCAACCCAUUUAAGGUGUGCUCAUUCUUUAAUGGAUGCCGAGUGCUGAGUGAUGUUACGUGAUGUUUUUUUUUACAGUCGCGCUCGCCUCCAAAGAGGAAGAAAGUAGCAGCUCCACAUGCUCGGGAGGUGCAAGUGAGCAUCAGGAUGUGAGCAUCUAGGUGACAGGAUGCUCCUGGCAGCUCAAACUGAUUAAUAGAUAAUCAGAAAUCAGUAUGGUUUCUCUUUAAUUGUUAUUUGUGUGAUCAACAAAUUAAGCUGUGAAGCCAGUCUGUUGUCACCCAUCUCUUCUUGUUAAGAUUUCUUAUUUCAGGGUUUCCAGGCACUUUGUGGAAAGCGGUUGCUAAUGUCGGCCGUGAUGGUGCUUAACUCACACGGAAAUACGUUUCCCAUUAAAUAUGUUUAACCUGUACAUUGACUCAAGUGUGAUGAAUGAAUACGAGUGAAUAUAUGCUUUAUUAUAGGGUUCAAAGUCAUUACCGCUUCUGAAUGCCAGGUGAAGGAUCUGUGAAGAGCCGUGUGUUGAAAAUCUGUCUUAUGGCUGUUCCAUUAACCCAUAAACACUUUCUGCAAUUGAACCAAAUGCAAUCAAACACGAGUGCUUGAAGCUCACGGUGAUGUGCUGCUUUCUGAAUGCUUAAAUGUUCCCUGUGAUUGGUGAAUGAUAGACCACAAUGACCCUCUGCUGGUUGUCUUUAGUAUUACACCUUGAAUUUCAAGACAUGAUUACUCAACCAUGAACAGUGCUCUCACUAAAAUAUUGAGAACUGAAAGAUGUGACCCUGAGACGCUGUUGAAGGAUGUAUCGAAGAAUUAAGACGUUUAAGUCCCCAUAAAGAUACACAUCAUGUUAAUUUACACAAUCUUACACUGUAGUGUAAAGGUGGCCAAAGUCAUGCAUAUUUUACCAUAAUGAGUUUCAAUAAAAUAAUGGACUUUAGUUCUGUUUCAAUAUUCUCUGUACAUUAUUUAGUGCAAUGCAGUGUCAUUUUUUAUACAGCUAAAGAAAAUAUGUCUUUCUGGACUCAUUGGGUACCUGUUUAAACUUACAGCUGUUUCAGUUUGCAGAUGUUCAACCUGCAGUGUUUCAUAUUUCGAGGAGUUAAAACUCAAGAUUCAGGUGCUACCUUGUUGAGCAAAUGGGCCAAACUGUUGUUUUAAUAAUUUAAUAACUUUACUAAUACCACAAUUAGUUUUUUGAACCAAUCAUGCUUAGUUUAGCAGGAAAUGCAAAUAAAUGCGUAUGUUAACAAAUAUGGCACUGUGGCAAAAGAAGUGUUAAGAUGUGCUAUAUAACAGCAAUUUCAUAUUUUGUGUAGUGUUUUUUUUCGUGUGUGUGUGUGUGUGUGUGUGUGUGUGUGUGUGUGUGUCCAUAAGAUUUCAACUGGAUUUGACAAAAUUACUCUGAGCAUUUAUACUUGUGCCUUUUUACAUAUGUUCCUUCUUUUAUCUAUGUUUGCACCUCCACCAAAACAAAUUCCUCAUAUAAGGCUACUGUACUUGGCAAUAAACCUGUUCAUGAUUUUGAUAGCACAUUUACAUCUGCAUUGGAUUUUUGGCUAUAGGUUGAACACACAUUGAGUAUUACGUAUAUCGUGACCCACAGGUUGAUGCUGACCGUCGUGGCUUUAGGAUGAUCGACUGUGAGAAAUAGACGGUUGGUUCAUUAGUGAGUAAAUACUGCUUGUUUUGUUGUUGUUUUGUCUGUACUGUCGCCAUGUCAGUGCAAACACAAGGGAAAAUUACACGAAAUUACACUACUUAAGCUGUAACAACUUUAGAGCUCACACUCGCGCUCGGGUGAGCUAACUGGUGCAGAUUUUCAUUCUAAGUUUCAGAGAAUAUUCUCCUCUGUCAACACCGCUCAAGUGCUCAACACAGAUCUAUUAACACUUUACGGUGCCCGUAAAGUUCAGAGUGUUGUUGAACCUGUCAAGAAACACUGAAGGAGAUGUUUUGUAGUUUAUUUUUGUAACCCAUUAUACAAUUGUGUUGAUGUCAAAACAGGGCUGAGGAAAAGGCUGUUUUUCUUUGGAAGCUGUGAGACAAAUAAAAGUUCAGAGUUUAGCUGGAGCUGAGGGAUCAGCGGAGGGGAUGCCAGCUGAAAGGAGGGCUCGACCUUCGCUUCAAGAGAUUAUGGGGUGACUGACCAUGUAAACAACGCUGUGUUGCUUUGAGCCGAAAACAAAAGUGACUGUAAUGAUUCUGUCUUUAAAACUAAAUCAGUUUAUUAUUUCCACAUCAUGCUGUUUACCGAAUAAUGAGACUGACAGGUUCGGGUAGAUUUCUUGACCUUGAGUUUUGGGGACCCGGGUUUGAAACCGCAGUGGGAUAUAAAAAAAAGAAAAGCAGACAAUACUUGAUAUCUGAUUCUUAUUUCUUCUGUAAUACUUUAUAUAUGUAUGAGCUGCUUUAUCCAGAUAAUCCCUCGUAUCAUAUGUGUUUUACAAAAAAAUUUCCAUAGAAAUGGAAAAACCAAAGAGGUGCAAUGAUUUUUCUUUACACCCUUUUUUUUCAUUUACACAUGCAAUUUGUAAUAUGAAGCGUUUGACCCUUUUCUCUCCUCCUCCUCCUCUUUCUGCCAUCUCCCUCUAUGGGUUUCAGCUUUGCGACCAGCGAUGCACAAUCUGCUAUUUUCAAACCUCAUUGUCCGCCUCACACAGUAUUUCUUUUCUGGCAGACACCUUCCCUUGUUUGACAUUAUAAUACACAGAAACCUGAUCAUCUAGUUCACACUGUCAGUGUCAAUGUCAGUGUGUGUGUGUGUGUGAAAAACUACAGUAAUGCCACAUCCCACAUAAAGUAGGGCUCCUAUAUCCCGACACCUCGCCUCCCAUAAGGUGUGUUUGGAACUGCUUCACAGAUGAGACGACACAGUCGCUCUGCUGCGUCUGUUAUAUAUAUUGAGUGCCUCUAGUACGUAUAAACCGCCGUAGCGUUUCCUCAUCUGACACAAGAAGCUCUGUGAUUGGUGGAAGACAUGAAAUGUCGAGUGAUUUGGAAACUUGCGCCUGCGCUUGCUGUCCUGAUCACAUUGGGAAUCUCCAUCAAUUAUUACAACGCACAGGAGAAAGUCAAAAGUUUGCUUGGCUUUUAUAAUGAGGAUCAAAAGUUCAGAACAGCCCCGACCUCGCCUUCACCCCGGUGCGGCCUCUCGGCGGUUUGUCCAUCCGACCGCUUCGCCGUGCACAUCAGGAGCGGAGCGGCAAACAUCGUCGGGCCAAAGAUCUGUUUUGAUGGUAAAACCAUCAUGAGUCACGUACUGAACAACGUGGGGCCGGGGCUGAACGUGGUGGUAGCCGACGGUGAAGAUGGAGUGGUGGUGAAACAUGGCUAUCUUGAUAUGCAAGACGGAAACCCAGAAGAUAUCCUGGACUACCUAAAGUCAAUAAAACCAGGAUUGAUAGUUUUAGUGGCCUCGUUUGGCGACGUGACAAAGAAGAUGACACCUGAAAUGAGGGAGAUAUUUGUCGGUAUGGGAAGCACUUUGAUCAGGUCUGUAAAACAACGAGACAGCUGGGUGUUUGCUGGGAGAGCAGGGACGGAAAUCAAAAGCCUCUUUGAGAAGCGAGCUGUUAAUGAUGAGAAAACCAACAUCUAUGAAGGAUGGCCAGAAAUAGUGGAGGUGGGCGGCUGUUUCCCGAGAAGCCCAGCAGCGACCGGCUGAGUGGCACAAACUUUAAUUCGUUUGUGAUGAACUGCAAAUCAGGAUGGAAGUGUCUUUUGAAAAUAGCCCUGAUAUUAAAUCCCGGCUCUCACACACAGUAUUGCUUCUUUCUCCACAUAUAAAAGCUGUACGUGUCGGCCUUAAAACUCUGUUAUCUUUUUAAAGUAUUUAAAGCAUCUUUUUUUUUUCCAGGUUUUCCCACAGUUACAUCUACGUGUUCAGCUAAUAUUUCCUACAUUCAUGCUUUUCUCCCUUUUCUGCCGCUUUGCCCAUUUAUGUUUAUUUUCUGUUAGAACAGACGAAUAAAUUGGUAAUUAUUCUCAUUAAUAGUAAUCGAAAAUGCUAAAUGAAUGUCCAGUAAAAUAACAUUUUUAAAAAUCCCUUGGCUACUGUGCACAUUUUUGAUAAGACUUG